AUGUUCGGGGUUUUCACUCAGGUUGGGGAUGUUACGGCAGUUUCGGCGCCUCAUUCGGGCAAACUCUGUGCGCACAUCUUGGGAACAAGGCGUUCCUACAGUGCUCAGACCCGACACGACCUUGCAGGUCGCGGGUUGAAACGCAUACGCCGCUGGAUUUUGGGUGUGGGUGGUGUGUUAGCCGUUGGAUGUAUUGAUGAAGGCUUCCGCCGGUGCCUGGAAUUCUGGGUGGUGGUCUUCCCGCUGUGGUGUCACUACUUGUGGGUAGACAAGGUCAGCCACCGCAAGGACGGCCCGAAGGGCGGAGAUGAAAGAGAUGCAGAGUUUAGUAAACUACACUCCAGAUAUUCGCCCAUCAUUUGUCGCGCAACUCUGUACAUGCGUGGAUUUUAUCUGAAAGCUGCACAGUUGGUUUCCACUCGCGAUGAUUUUUUGCCCGAAGUGUAUCUGGAAUGGUGCCGCAAGCUGCAGGAUGAGGUUCCCAUGACGCUCUCCUCUGACGAAGCCAAGAAGGUCAUCGCCAAGGAGUUGAAAUUGGAGAACCUCGAUGGCAUCCUGACCGAUUGGGUGGAUGAGCCCAUUGGCACGGCCUCCAUCGGUCAAGUCUACAAGGCUCGGCUGAAGUCUAGCGGAGAGGAGGUGGCCAUCAAGGUCCAAGUGCCCAACGCGGAGCGGAUGUUUCGUGCCGACAUUACUUGCCUGAAGAUGUUUACCUACAUGGCCAUUCCAUGGGCCUUCGAACAGAUGAAAGAGAUUGAAAAGCUCUUCCAGACAGAGUUCGACUAUGUCAAGGAAUUCCGAAACCUGGAGGCCAUGCGGGCCAACUUAUUGCCCUCCUGGGGCCAUCGGAUCUACAUCCCCAGACCCAUUCCCGAACUGAGCACCCGCCAUGUGCUGGGCAUGGAGCUGCUGAAAGGCGAGAAGUUCAUCUGUGCCGUCCGGCGGCGGCUGAAGCCAUUGGCAGAUCGCGAGGGCAAGACAGUGGAAGAAUACGAGCAGGAGCAAGUGGAGGCUUUGAGAAGUGGCAAAAAGAAAGCAGAGGAGGCCUCCUGGCUCCACUGGAAGAUGCUCAUGUGGCGCUGGUACCGCAGGAUCUUUCGUUUCGGAAGCAGCGAGCUGGAACCCAUCGAUGUGGGUGGUAUUUUCGAGAUGUUGAUGGCCAUCCACGGGCAGCAGAUUCUCAUCGACGGGUGCUUCAAUGCGGAUCCACACCCUGGAAAUAUUUUGCUGCUGGAAGAUGGACAAACCUUGGGUCUCAUCGAUUUUGGUCAGGUCAUGUCCCUGCCUCAAGAUUUUCGCUUGAAACUGGCCAGAUUGAUCGUGGCACUGGCAGAUCGGAAGCCCGAAGAGGUGGCACGAUACGAGAGUGAGAUUGGCGUGAAGCGGAAGUACUACAAACAGGACGUCCAAUAUCGCCUUUGUUCCUUUUGGCUGGACCGUGACGAUAAGGACAUCACCCAAGGGCUCAACAUCUUUGACCUUCUCGUUUGGGGCGAGUCGCAGGGCCCAUACCAUUGCCUCGUUGCCGUGUCCUCGGCUCCAGUUUUCACGGACGCCACAGCCGUUGGGGGCCCCCGGGGCGACCGGGCCAUGAGCACCUUCGCGGAGCUGCUGGAACAAGUGAAUGCCAGGUAUGAGGCUGACAUGGCAAAACUCCUGGCACGAUGCCACACCUUCGAAGACCCGGACGAGAAGGUUCAGAGGCCCUUGCAGGCGAAAGGGAUUACAUUUCGGCGGCAGCCAACUUCCAGCCAAAACCCAUCCAUGGCUCAUUCUGGGACUCAGACCUCCCAGAUCAUCGCGAGCCCAAGCCCGGCCAAGCCCAGCAACAGCAUACGAACGCAGAAGAGUGCAAUGCCGUGGGCCACCAUCAUGCCAGACCUGCUGGAUAAGCCAAAGUCUCAGAAGCAGAACAUCCCCCUUGGGGGUGCCAUCAGUGCCGCCGUGAGCUGCUUCGACCUAGACGCCAUGCUGAGUCGGAGCUACAUGCGCUUCGUGCUCUGGUGGACGGAGCUGAAGGAACCCACGCGCUCCGGCUGUCUCUACAACAUCAUCGAGUCCAAGCCUUUUAGGGCCAUUACCUGGCUGGCCAUCGUGAUCAACACUGCAGUGGUGACCCUCAUGACUGAUUUUUGA